CGCGGGCGGAGGAGGCGCCGCCGCGGAGCCCCCGGACGCGACCAUGUCGGAGGUGCUGCCCUACGGCGACGAGAAGCUGAGCCCCUACGGCGACGGCGGCGACGUGGGCCAGAUCUUCUCCUGCCGCCUGCAGGACACCAACAACUUCUUCGGCGCUGGGCAGAACAAGCGGCCGCCCAAGCUGGGCCAAAUCGGCCGGAGCAAGCGGGUUGUUAUUGAAGAUGAUAGGAUUGAUGACGUGCUGAAAAAUAUGACAGACAAGGCACCUCCUGGUGUCUAACUCCCCCAAAGACAAUGAGUUAAGGGAGAGAAUAAGAAUAAGAACGGCGAUAAGAGUUAUUGGCAAAAGGAGCAUGAAAAGAGAAAGCACUUUGAAAUUUAUUACUAGCUUGCUACCCACGAUGAAAUCAACAACCUGUAUCUCGUGUCAGGCCGGGAGACAGAUGAGGCGUGAGGAGGAGGAGGAGGAGGAGAAGGCUCUGGGCUCCUCUGCAAAAAUAAAAAUUUUAAAAAAUUUUAAAAAAAUCACUAUAUACACAUAAAGAAAUAAAAAAGAAGUCUCAGUUGCAGCUAUUUGUCAAAAUUAAUAUCCAUUUCUUUUUAUAUACAGUGAAUAUUGCGCAAUUAUAGAUCUGGAUUUUAAACCACUUAAAUAAUGAAGCCGCCACACCGGUUGUUUUGAGGUGUUGGCAUUCUUUGCUGAUUUGGCUGUUCCCAAUGUUUACAUUAUUUAAUCUUGCAAAAAUGAUUCUGUGCACUUGGAUGUGAAAUGCUGUCCAGUUUUAUUUUUUUAUGUUGUUAUCCUUGGAUGUACAAAAAACCCAGAAAAUGAUCUCUCUAGAUAUUCUGUUUUAUUUUGGUCAUCCUUUGAAGUUAUCAGGAAUGUGUUUAAAACAAGAAGAGAACUUUUCUAAGGAAUGAUACCUAGAAAGAAUCCUUGUUUUAUUUUAAAAUGAAUCGUAAAGCUUGUGUUUCUUUUGUUGCUGCAAGCUAUUUGCCCAAGUUAAUGCAAAUGGACACAUUUUAUAUGUCAGGAAAAAAACACAAAAAACAAAAAAAAUGCUUGAGCUUUUUCUAACCUCUCCUUGCAGUCUGGUGUGUGAACAGCCUGUUUUUUUCUCUAAUAUUGUGUCAAUUUAUUCUCUUUAAUGGACUGUAAAAAAAAUGUAAUCACAAGAGUGCCAAAUAUCUUGAAAUGCCGAAAGGCAUUUUGGUUUCCUUUCUCUGUGCUCUGAGUCCACGUAAAGGAAUGCUUGGAGUCUCUUUUCUGUUAUUUAUAGGGGUUCUCUUAAGGCACACCAGCUGCCCGUUUUGCAUGGUAUUUGCAAAAAUGCCUCCUGCGUGAGGAAAUCUUUUACCAUUUUUUGUUUGCAACUUUGGACCUCAAGAGGUUUCUUCCCCUCCCCUGUUCCCUCUUUUCUUAAUUCGAUAUUCUGGAUGUUGCACCUAAUUUAACCAGCACACAGGGCUAUUUCUCCAAUGUACAAUAAAAGAACUGUUCCUGUGUCUC